GCACUUGGCUUUCAACUUUGAAGAAAUAAAUCACAAAUUUAACUUGGACAUUCUAGCUUCUUAUCUGAAAAACGUUCUAAAAGAAAUAACUAGAAAUGUCUGAUAUCGAUAAUUACUAUGGUUAUAGUACCCCGGAUGGUAAUCCGACGCUAUCACAUGCUAUAGCAUUUACCGCGUUAUAUGGUAUCGCCUUCUUGGUUCAUUGUGUACUUGCAGGAUACACAAAGCAAUGGUGGUUAUAUGGUACAAUUGUUCCCUUCUUGAUAUUGGAAGCUCUCGGAUGGGGUGGAAGGUGUGGAGACACGCGAGAUUCUUAUAUUAUGCAAAUUGCUACGCUCGUUAUAGGUCCUACAUUCCUUUCAGCAAUGAUCUACGUCGAUCUUGGUGUCAUUGGAUUACAAUAUGGACCGAAUUUCUCUGUUCUUGGACCAAAAGCAUUUGCUGCUACUUUCAUCACUGCAGACGUCGUCUCUAUUUUAGUUCAAGCUGCAGGUGGCGGUAUUGCAUCAGCAGCCUCAAAGGAUAACGACAUAGAUACACUCAGAACAGGUAGCAACAUUAUGUUGGCUGGUAUCGCUAUUCAAUUCGCUUGCAUCAUAUUCUACUCAUACUUCCUGAUUGAGUUUAUAAUCAGAUAUUAUAAGAAUAAGCCAGUGAAGUCGAACCGUCAAGAUGCUGUAGCCAUUGAACCUGAAUCGCAAAAAAAUCAAAGAAAAUUAGCACUUAGACUUACUAUGCUUAGCGUUGUUUCAUUCUUGAUAAUCUGGAGAGGUAUUUACCGUUUGAUCGAAUUAAAAGACGGAUGGGAUGGUAGCGUCAUAAAGGACCAAGCUGCAUUUGAUACUAACGAUGGUAUGCCAAUGAUUAUUGCUGCUUGGUUGAGUUUCAUCCUUCACAUUGGUCUCUUAACACCAGAGACAAACGCAUCAAUCAUGUCAAAAGGUCACGUUGCCGAUCAUGAUUCCAAAGAGGAAAUGGCUUGAAGUCCAGGAAGGACAAGUCUUUUUUCAAACCUAGCUAGGAGGAUUCAGCUGGGUUCUUAUUUUAGAACUUCCAUUUCACUAUUAUCUUUGUAUUUUUUGUUUCACGUGGUCACAUAUAUAUAAUAAGCAUUCCUUAAA